AUGAGCCCCACAAAAACCAUCCACAAUCCCAUUGGGUCAAUAGAGAGGUUUUUUGAUCUUCUCUUGAUCUCUCUCAUUGUUUUCAUGACUCUAAAAGGCGGCACGAGUGGAGCGUGUGCCGCGUGCAAGUAUCAACGCAGACGCUGCGCCGCGGACUGCCCACUCGCGCCUUAUUUCCCAGCGGAACAGCCGAAACUGUUCCAAAACGUUCACAGGCUAUUCGGCGUAAGAAGCAUCGUCAAGAUCCUCGAGAAACUCGACGAAGCUCAGAAACCAGAAGCCAUGAAAUCAAUCAUUUUCCAGUCUUACGUCCGUGACCGUUCCCCUGUCCACGGUUGCCUCGGAGUCACGCAAAACCUCCAGUACCUCAUCUGGCUCGCUGAGGAAGAACUCAAAGCCGUCAAUGCACAGUUACAACUCUAUCGUUCUCAACAAAACAACAAUAAUAAUGGUCAAAACCAGAUGAUGAUUCAUGAGCUUGGUGAGAAGCAAGAUGAUGUUACAUCGCAGCUAGAUUUGGGAAUGGGACUUACUGUAAACAAUAAUCAAAGCAAUGUCACACCUUUCUUUAGUCCAUUACCGGUUUCCGAAACUCAGCAGCAGCAGCCUCAAAUGUCGUCUUAUACUUAUAGUUGCAGUGAGGUUAACAACAGUGGCUGCUUUAGUCCUCCUGCUUAUACAGAUCAUUCUUGCAAGGAGAUUCUCACCGACAACAACAAUACUUCUUUGGUCUGGGGUCAGAAUCGAUUCGCUUAUAAUAACAAUGGAUUCAGCAAUCAAAACGAGAGCUGUGAUGAGAUCAAGAGCAGUAAUGGAGUGAUGGCUAUACAAUCGCAGCUCGUUAAUCUUCAGAUGGUAUCGAAUCAGCAAGAGGGACACGAUGCUCACGAGUACGAUGAAAUCCAUCAGUUCCUCGAGAUCAUCGAUGAGAGGCAAUCAUUUGCGGAUUCUAAAGAAGCUUACGGUUCAAGCUCCGGUGAAUCGUUGAAGGAACAGAUGGAUCAAAUCGGGGAGAAUGAAUUGAGGAAUGCGGCAAAUUGUUUCAGUCUGACCAGUGUCAAUUGA